AUGGACAAUGCAAGAAGUGAUGAUACAACAGGGUCCUCGGAUGCCCGAAUGAACAGAAUGGAACAAAUGCUUACCACUUUAACUAAAGUAGUAAUGCAAGAACAGAGGCAACAACCUUUACCACCUCCACCCCCGCCGGCUCAAGUUGAAAUGGGCAAUAGUGACAUAAUUAACAUGACUAAGAAAUUCAUGAAGAUGAAGCCGCCAACUUUCUUGGGUGGCAUUGAACCACUAAAGGAAAAAACUUGGCUACUGGAGAUGGAAAAAUUAUUUGAAGUGUUUCCCUGUUCUGAGGUUCAGAAAGUUUUAUUAGCCACCUACACUCUGAAAGAUGAAGCUCGAAGAUGGUGGUUACUAGUUCAGAAUGGUAAUGAGAAUAUGACAUGGGCUCAAUUCAACACAAUUUUCUAUGACAAGUACUUUCCCCAGUGCUUCCGAGACCGAAAGGUUUUGGAAUUCCAAGAACUCAAACAAGGAAGAAUGUCUGUAGCCGAGUAUGAGGCUAAGCUUACCGAGCUAGCCAGGUUUGCUCCUCACAUGGUGGACACAAACUACAAGAAGGCCCGCAAGUUUGAAGGCAGGCUGGAUUUAGAUAUAUUGGAACGGGUGGGAGUUCUGAACCUACCCACGAAUGUGAAUGCUUUGGAUAGAGCACUGAUGGCAGAAGCCAUUCUGGCAGCGAAGAAACAAACUACAAUACCACCAACUGCAUGGAAAGGCAAAAGGGCCGAGUUUAAUUUCAGAAAAGGCCGAUCAUUUUUGAAGAAACAAAACACAGGAUCUUCCAGUAGUCCUAGUCAGAGUAAUGGGUCCAUACCAAACUGUCUAGAAUGUGGCAGGAGACAUAGGGGAGUGUGCCAACGUACAUCUGGUGCUUGUUACCGAUGUGGCGAGGUUGGCUAUAUGAUGAAAGACUGUCCAAUAGGAUCCAGGAAUACCAGUCACCUGUAG